AUGUCGAAUCAUGUUACUAUAGUCACCGGUGCUUCUAAAGGUAUGUACAGACCACUUCGCCUUUUCUAACUUUAAACUAACGAAUUAAGGUAUUGGUAAAGCUAUUGUUGAAAUAUUACUUGAAAAUAAGUCAAAAGUUAUUGCUGUUGCUAGAUCUGGUGAUUUAUUAAAACAAUUGGCUGAAAAACAUGGUGAAGAAAAUUUAGGCUUUGUUGUCGGUGAUGUAACAAAUGAAGAAUCUGCAAAAUUAGCAGUUGAUUUAGCUGUUAAUAAAUUUGGUCAAUUAAAUUCUUUAAUUUUAAAUUGUGGUAUAUUAGAACCAGUUGGUAAAAUUGAAUCAACUUCAAUUAAAGAUUGGAAAAGAUUAUAUGAUGUAAAUUUUUUCAGUAUUGUUCAAUUAAUUCAAAUUGCAUUACCAGAACUCAAAAAAGCUCAUGGUAAUAUAAUUGCUGUUUCUUCUGGUGCUUCAACUAAAUCUUAUAGUGGAUGGUCAGCUUAUGGAAGUUCAAAAGCCGCAUUAAAUCAUUUGAUACAAUCAAUUGCAUUUGAUGAACCAGAAAUUAAAACUAUAUCAAUUGCACCUGGUGUAGUAGAUACAUCAAUGCAAGAGCAAAUUAGAAAUGAAGUUGGUGUAAAAAUGUCAAAGGAAGGAUUACAAAGAUUUAUUGAAUUACAUGAAAAGGGACAAUUAGUCAAACCAGAAGAACCAGCUAGAGUAUUAGUUCAAUUAGCACUCAAUGGAUGGCCUGAUCAUAUAAAUGGUAAAUAUUUAAGGUACAACGAUGAAAUAUUUAAAUAAAAAAUAAACUUAAAUUAAACUUUUUUCAAAGAUCAUUUGGUAGAUUCAAAUUUUUUUUUAUCUCUAAUCAACAACCAUUUGAAGAUGUUUAAACAAAUACUAACUAGACAAUUUAGAAAUAGUAUUAAACAAGGUUCAUUCAGACGCUUUCAAUCAUCCAUACCAAACCAAUCACCUGAAAAUAGAAACAAAGCAAGAGCUUUAAUCAUUCUUGGAAGCUUAGCCUUGGGUAGUACCCUAGCUAGUUUUUACUUGAGUGGAGUUAAAGAUACCACCAAGGACAGAAACAUAUCUGUCAUUUUUGUUCUUGGUGGACCCGGCUCCGGUAAAGGUACUCAGUGUGACAAAUUAGUUAAAGAACGAGGUUUUGUUCAUUUAUCAGCUGGCGAUUUAUUAAGAGCAGAACAAAAUAGACAAGGUUCAAAAUAUGGUGACUUAAUUGCAAAAUGUAUUAAAGAUGGUUCGAUUGUACCACAAGAAGUUACUGUUCAAUUAUUAAAAAAUGCUAUAGAUGAGUAUACAAAUCAAGGAAAAACAAAGUUUUUAGUAGAUGGUUUCCCAAGGAAAAUGGAUCAAGCCAUUACAUUUGAAAAUACAAUAGUUAAAUCAGCAUUUACAUUAUUUUUUGAGUGUCCAGAACAAGUUAUGUUAAAAAGGUUAUUAGCACGAGGUAAAACAAGUGGUAGAACAGAUGAUAAUAUAGAAUCAAUUCAAAAAAGAUUUAAAACGUUUAUUGAUACAUCAAUGCCAGUUGUAGAUUAUUACGAUAAACAAGGUAAAGUAGUCAAAGUCAAUUGUAAUGAACCAGUUGAUGUUGUUUUUAAUCAUGUUAAACAAGCAUUGAAAAAUAGAGAUAUUUAG